UCGUCUUUACCAGCUGUAAUAUAAAAACAAAUGAAGCAUUGAUGAUCACAUCUCAAAGUUUCAUGAUCUCUCAUAAAUACUCGAACUCCUCGUAACCUUACAUGAAGAGGAUUCGUCAUCUGAUAUCUCUAAACCAAUAAUGGAGCCCGUACAGCCACAUCUCGACACCUUUAAAGCUAUCCAUGUCGAAGAAGAAGAAGACGACAACCGAGGAGGAAAAGAGCUCAUCAUCAUCACCGACAACAACGAAGAACCUCGUCGGAGCUGCUCAUGUGUAGAAGAGGAAGAUGAGGAGAGGAGAUCCAAUGCGUCAUUGUGUUCAGUGGAAGUAGAUCUCGAGCUUGGGGUGCCUCAGAAAUAUGUACAUUCCGAGAAAGAUUGCAGGAUUUGUCACAUGACCUUGGACGAGACGAAUCUUGAGUCUGGUGUUCCGAUUGAGCUAGGCUGCUCUUGCAAAGAUGAUCUAGCUGCUGCUCACAAGCACUGUGCUGAGACUUGGUUCAAGCUCAAAGGAAACAAAAUAUGUGAAGUGUGCGGGUCUAUUGCCGGCAAUGUUGAGGCCGAGAUUGAGGAAACUCAGAAUGAAGUAAAUGGUGGUACUGUGAGUCAAUCUCUGAGAAUGUCUAAUCCUCCGUUGGUGGAAGCUAGAAGCUUCUGGCAAGGUCACCGGUUCUUGAAUUUCCUUUUAGCUUGUAUGGUCUUUGCCUUUGUGAUUUCGUGGCUCUUCCAUUUCAAUGUUCCCUCCACAUAGCAUAACAAAGUUCACCAUGAAAGUGGAAGAGACUCACUUUUAAACGCCUCUUGUGUUGUGCCAAUGCCUUUUUCCCCCA